CUCUUUUGGGACUUCCAGCUCACCGAAUGCUGCUCCGAGAAGCAGAGCCCGGUGAACUCUCUCAAUCACAUCACUCAUGUCUGACACCCGAGAUCACCCCGCUGACAAUCGCAUCUUCAGCGAGAUACCGUUGAAAUGAGUCAGCAGCCAGAGGACCGGGCGCAGGAAGACGAGCUGUACAGGGAGCUUGCCCAGAGUGUGCGUAACCAUGCGGCAGUGAGGGAAGGGGAAGGGGAAGGGGACGAUGCCCAUGGCGGUGCGAGUCCGGGGAUGAAUGGGGCGGGGGAGGGGAGGGAGGCCGACGACAAGAAGGUCACCAUCACCCGUAAGCACCAUGCAGGGAGGGGGAUAGAGGCACGAACACAUCGAAAUUCCCUUUUCCCGGCUCUCUGUGUGUAUGUGUGUCUGUGCGUGUGUGCGUGUGUGUCUGGUGUGUGGCAGAGAACGAUGUGUGUCUGGCCGUGCCCGACACGGCGAGUGCCCCCCCUGACGGCCACCCGGCCGGCGACUCGCCUGUCCAGGCUGAGAUCUCAGGGUGAGCAGCGCACCCACUCACACACGAACUGUGUAGUUGUUGCCUGAUCCUGAUCCGUGGAUCCAUCGCAUCGGUCCGUGUGUGUGUAUGUCUGUCAUCAGUGACGUGACCGCGCUGCUGAACGACUUUCACGACCUGCCGAGCAAGAAGCAGUUCAGGCCGCUCCAGCACUUUCCUAAGAGAUGGGACGAUUUCAAAGCCGUAGGUGAGUGGAUUGGUGGGCUAACACGAGAGCCCAACACACCACACGCACGCACAAAGGAUGUUUGUUUCUUGUGUUUGCACAGGUCUGUGGUGUUGGCGCGAGUAUGUGCCUAUCGGUGGCUGGCUGCCGACGUACAACUGGCGGAAGGACGGCGUCGGCGACCUCGUCGCGGGGAUCACCACAGCAUGCUUUCUCGUCCCUCAGGUGACCAUCCAUCCAUCCAUCCAUCCAUCGUGAAAGCGGCUGUGUGUCUAUCGCUCUGUGUGUGUGUGUGUGUAUCGAUCAGGGCAUGUCCUACGCAUUGGUUGCCAACCUGGAGCCCGUGUACGGCCUCUACUCAGCCAUGGUCUCCACCAUCGUCUACGCACUACUCGGCAGCUCACGGUCAGUCAGUCUCCCACUGCCCCCUCCCCUCGUCUCCUUCUCUUUGCACACAAUCAAUGAGUGCGUUUCUGUGCGCACUUUCUUUCGGUGCAUUGCAGGCAGCUUGCUGUGGGUCCCGUAGCCAUCGUGUCGAUCCUGACUGCAGAGGCCAUCUCUGAGCUGGGCAUCGACCCCAAGCUGUCUGACGGCAAUGAGAAUCCCCUCUACACAUCAAGGGCCAUUGCGCUCGCCUUCGUGGUAGGUGAGCAGUGAGUGAGCACACAGACAGCUGUACGGCCCUGCCCUGCACUCUUGUGUUGUGCCGCGUGUGUCGUGUCAGGUUGGCAUCUACUCGCUGGGCCUGGGUCUGUUUCGCCUGGGGUUCCUGGUCAACUUCCUGGGCCACCCGGUGGCCAGCGGCUUCACCUCUGCGGGCGCCAUCAUCAUCGGCCUCUCACAGUUGAAGCACGUUGUCGGAUACCAGGUGAGAACCAUCUCUGCAGCCAGCAGCCGUGUGUAUGUGUGUAUGUAUGUGUGUCGUCAAUUGUCACCAACCAGGUGGACAAGGGCACGAUCCAGAAGAGCUUUGAGUCGAUCAUUGAGGGGGCCGAGGACUUCAGCUGGCAGUCGUUCCUGAUGGGGGUGCUGGUCAUAUUUGUCCUGUGGCUGUUCAAACGCAACUUCUUUGUCAAACACCCCAAAGUAUGCCAAAGCCAAAGCCAAACAGCACACAGAGAUGCCCGUCUAUGCAGAGAGAGAGAGAGAGACCCCUUUUGGAUCAUUGUGUCCUUUCCUCAGUUCCAGUGGAUCCGUCGGCUGCCCUCGCAGCUGCUGGUGAUCAUCUUCGCCACACUCAUCACCUGGGCGGCCGGCUUCCAGAACAAGCCAGCAAAAAUAAAGGUACACUGACACGCCCAACCACCCACCCACGCAGAUAUACGCCUUCCCGCAUUAUCUGUGUGGGUGUGUUUGCAACAGAUCAUCGCAGCGGUACCCGACGGCAUCCCGAAGGCGCAAGCGCCAGACAUCGACAGCAACGUGUUCGCGGACCUGGCUGUGGCCGGCGGCACCAUCACUCUCAUCGGUAUGUAUCAGAAGAAGACAUAGCGGCAAAGAGUCCGUUUGUUGCUCUAUGGUGUGGGGUGUGUGUGCGUGUGUGUGUGUUCGUAGGGUUUAUGGAGUCGAUAGCAGUGGCGGAGAUCUACGCGACCAAGAACGACUACUCGCUCAUCCCAAACCAAGAGCUCAUCGCCCUGGGCGCCUGCAACCUCCUCGGCUCAAUGUUCUCGUGCUACCCCACUGCAGGUGACACCAUCCACCCACCACACAGAUCGAGACACCGAAAGAUAUUGUCACGCCUCUCUCUCUGUGUGUGUGUGUGUGUGUGUGUGGUAUCAGGCGGCUUUGGCCGCACGGCCGUGAAUGCGGCAGCGGGUGCCAAGACGCCCCUGGCGUCGCUGAUAACGGGGCUGGUCCUGGCGCUGGUGCUGGCCUUCCUCACGUCGCUCUUCUACUACCUGCCAAAACCCUCUCUCGGCGCCAUUGUGAUAUUCGCCGUCGUCGGGCUCUUCGACUGGCAGGAAAUGGUGGGUGUGGUCGGCAGGUUCACUCACGGCGAUGGGCGUGAUGGACGGAUGGAUGGAUGGGUUGUGUGUGUCAGGUGCAUCUGUGGCAUGUCAACAAGCGCGACUUCUGCACGCUGAUGGCGACGUUCAUCUUGACGCUGACCCUGGGAGUGGAGACGGGCAUCCUCAUCGGCAUCGGCAUUUCCAUCAUACUCAUCAUCCACCAGUCGGCAUUCCCAUACACAGCUGUCCUGGGUACUUACUUGGACACGCACGCACCAGCAACACUUGUGUGUCAGCACAUGUGUGGAUGGAUGGAUGGCUGCAGGUCGUGUGCACAAACUGGGUGCCCCGUCUGAAGCCCCUGAAGCGGCGGAGGACCAGGUGUACCCUUUCUACAGGUGCGGUGGGUGCGUCGGGCACAUCCACGCCACGCCAUAUAUAAACGUUCCUUAUGUGUGUUGUGCUGUGUGUUGUGUGUGCUGUGUUUAGGGACAUCCGUCGCAAGAAGGACAUCGCGUCGACCGUGCCGGGCGUGGUGGUCUUCCGGUUCGACGCCGACCUGCACUUCGCCAACUGCAACUUCUUCAAGGCACCCAACCAACCACACACCCAUUCCCUCCUGACCCCUCCUCUCUGUGCGUGUGUGGUGUGGGCAGAAGCGUCUUCUCGAAGAGUACAAGCUCGCUGGCGGCUUCACCGGCGUCGAGGCCACCACCACGGUCCCGGCACGCGGCAAGGAGGAGACGGAUUCGCCCGUCCUGUCGGUUCAGGAGCAGGAGAACGCCGUCCACACGAUCGUGCUGGAGUUCUCGAGCGUCACGCGCGUCGACUCCAGCGCACUUGCCGUACUCAAGAAGGUCCACGCUUACUACAGAAAGGUAAGUACCCGGAUGACCUCCCACACACACACACACACGCACACACACACAUGCGCAAUGUUUGUGUGUGCACAGAGGGGAGUUCGUCUGUAUGUGGCCAACGCCAAGGCGGCGGCGCGAGACGACCUGCAGCGGGGCCACGUGGCUCAGAUGUACGGCUACACGCACUUCUUCCCGUCGGUGGACUUGGCUGUCAAGCGGGCGCUGCUGUCGUGUGGUGGGUCGAUGUCACGCAGCUACGAGAAGACCACACCGGUACACGCCUAAGUGACUGAUGGAUAGAUGGAUUGGCUGCUGCAUAAGGGGGGAAGUUUGCCGUUGCUCGCGAGCCUAGUGAGGGGUCGGUGUGUCACUCACUAAUGUGGUGGUGUUUACGUCUCAUCUAGCGCACAGAUACAUGCUCAUGAAUGAAUGGCUCUCUGGACGGACGGCUCUCUGGAUGGAUGGAUGGAGUAUUUUUCGGUCCUACUUAUGCAUCCGUGUGUUUGUUGCUGGCAGGAGCGAGAUAAUGCUUUGCUUUGCUCUGCUGUGCUCUUUGUGAGGGUCUUCUUGUGAGCGAGAGGUCUCACACAUCACAUUGACAGACAGCCAUGAUGCGCAUGGAGAGGGGAGGGGGACGGUGGAAUUAGUUCAACAAAUGGAGCGAC